GGAGCAGGUAACUGGCCGCGGGGUGCCAUCUCAGCUGUGUGAGGCCGGGGCGCCCUGCAAGUCAUGCGCGGAGACCCCGCGCAGGACCGCGGGGCCCGGAGGGCGCUGGCGGGGUCAGAUUAAUAUUGAAAUUGAAAAUCUGUAUCAGUUGCUGGAUAUUGGAAAUUGAAUGUGAUGGCAACAGAAUUUAUUAAGAGUUGCUGUAGAGGAUGUUUCUAUGAUGAAACAGAAAAGCACAACUUUUCUGUGGAAAGAGACUUAAAAGCAGCAACUUUAAAUAGUCAUACUACUACUAUCUGUAUACCUCCAUUGACUUCUGUUUCUGUAAAGCCUCAGGUUGGCUGUACUGAGGAUUAUUUACUUUCAAAAUUACCAUCUGAUGGCAAAGAAGUACCAUUUGUCGUGCCCAGGUUUAAGUUAUCUUAUGUUCAGCCUAGGACUCAAGGAAGCCCCUCACAUCUGGAAGAACUUGAAGGAUCUGCCAGGGCAUCUUUUGGAGAUCGAAAGGCAGAACUUUCCAGUUCAUCCCAGCAUGGACCCAGCUAUGAUGUAUAUAACCCGUUCUAUAUGUGUCAUCACAUUUCACCUGAUUUGAGUCGGCGCUUUCCUCCUCACUCGGAAGCAACGAGAUUAUAUGGAUCAGUUUGUGAUUUAAGGGCCAACAGACUUCCCAGUUCCCCUGGACUAAGCAGGUCUAUGUUUGAUCUUACAAGUUCAUCUCAGCAGUUCAUGCAGAGACAUGAUUCAUUAUCCAGCGUGCCCAGUAGUUCUUCUUCAAGGAAAAAUUCUCAGGGGAGUAACAGAAGCCUGGAUACAAUCACUCUAUCAGGAGAUGAAAGAGAUUUGGGGAGAUUGAAUGUGAAAGUGUUUUAUAAUUCUUCAGUAGAGCAGAUCUGGAUCACAGUUUUACAGUGCAGAGAUUUUAGCUGGCCCUCUAGUUACGGAGACACUCCUACUAUUUCUAUAAAAGGAAUACUAACAUUGCCCAAACCAGUGCAUUUCAGAUCUUCAAUCAAGGAAGGCUCUAAUACCAUUGAAUUUAUGGAAACUUUUGUGUUUGCUAUUAAACUCCAAAGUCUACAAACUGUAAGACUUGUAUUUAAGAUUCAAACCCAGACUCCUAAGAAGAAAACCAUUGGAGAAUGCUCACUAUCACUCAGAACUCUUAGCACACAGGAAACGGAUUAUUCUUUGGAUGUAACACCACCUUCAAAAAUAUCUGUUUGCCAUGCAGAACUUGAAUUGGGGACUUGUUUUCAAGCAGUAAAUAGCAGAAUUCAGUUACAAAUUCUUGAGGCACAAUACCUUCCAAGUUCAUCAACACCUCUGACUUUGAGUUUUUUUGUGAAGGUGGCAAUGUUUAGCUCAGGAGAGUUGAUUUACAAAAAAAAGACACGUUUACUGAAGGCCUCCAAUGGAAGAGUGAAGUGGGGAGAGACUAUGAUUUUUCCACUUAUACAGAAUGAAAAAGAAAUUCUUUUUCUCAUUAAGCUUUAUAGUCGAAGCUCUGUAAGAAGACGACACUUUGUGGGGCAGAUUUGGAUAAGCGAAGAGAGUAAUAACCCGGAAGCAGCAAACCAGUGGAAAGAGACAGUUACAAAUCCAGAAAAAGUUGUUAUCAAGUGGCACAAAUUAAAUCCAUCUUGAAGACUUCACACAUUAGUAGGGUGAAGAACUUGAUAUUCUUUUAGAAGACUUAAAAUUUCAAUUUGCUACCAAUGAGAAGAGACAAAUCAUUUGUCAAUUCAUUUAUGGAGGCCAUAAUUGUAGUAUAAAUGGAUCUUUUAGAAAAUUAUAACAAAUAUAGAAUAAAUUAUAUCAGAUAUCCAAAAUAAAGGAAAUGUUUUAAAGCUGUGCCAAAAUAGACAAUAAAAUAAAAAGUGGUAUGACUAGGGCAACUAAAUAAAUUAUAAAAUCAAUGAGAAUAUAAACCAUAGGUAGUUGUUGCUAAUACUAUGUUUAUAGGUUUUUUUUUGGUUUUCAAAAUCUAGUAUGUCAAGGCUCUGUUAGUACUGUUGGGCAGUUAGAAGACUUUACCACUAUUUCAGCGCUAAUCGUUACUGAUUAGAUCUUGACUCCACUAUUUAGCUCUUGCUACAUAUUUUCUCUUAGAAAGCAAAACUGAGCAGAACCUCUUCAGCUCCUCAGUUUUUAGGGAAAGUUUGUCCUGUGUUGAUAAUUUCUUGCCCAUAAGGCAUCCCAUUGCUACUUUGUAAGCUAUUUAUCUCCAAGAAACUUCAGAUGUAGAACACUACAUUUUGGCAAGAAUAAACAAAAAUACCAGAGGUUGAAGUUUAUUUGGAAAACCAGUAUAUACAUAUAUUGAUAAAUUUUCCUCCUUCAAAUACUUUACUCUUUGUUUUAAUUGGAGUUGAAAUAAGACUAUCAUCCAUAUAGCCCAUCCUGAUUAGCAGAAUUAAGUGAGCUUAAAUAACAAAUUCAGUAUUUUAUACAAUCCCUUGUUUUUAGUUUUUUAAAUACGAAUUACUUGUUCUGUAAUCCACAAUAUUAGAGUAUUUUCCCAUGUUUUUCAAAUAAUCAUACAUGAUAACACUGUGUAGCAAAUAUUUGCUAUUGCAGUUUCUCACAGGUAAUCAUUAGAACUCAGUAUGUCAGGAUAAUUUCAGUUUAGUUGACCACACAAACCAUGACCAAAAGAACAGCUGUUUAAGAAACAGUGCCAACCCUGAUCUUGGAAAAUUUGACUUUAUUUUUGAUAAUGAGUAGACCAAGUUCUGUAUGUUCAUGGCCUUACGUUUUUCUUUCUUACCUUGUCUCACACAUGUCAAGAGAUAGACGGUGAUAUUUUAGGUUAGAAGUAUACUUUGCUAUAGCUUAAACAUGUCCUCUGUCCAGUUCUUACAUUCUGUGUAUCUUAUUAAGGUUUUUCCAAUUGCCCUUUUCCUAGUUACCAGUUCCUCAAGCUACAAAAUAGACAUAACUUUACACACCCUUUGAUUCCACUGCCUAGAGUUUAUUGUUAUACCAGUGGUGUAUACAGGUUCUCUCUGACAUUGUGUAUUUUGAAAUAAUUUUUUUUAGAUUUGUGAAAAAUGGCUUAUUGGUCAAUACUCCUAUGGGCUUUUAAGAGAAAUCACUUUGGCAGUGUUUUGAAUUUUUGAGACAAACAGCAACUAUACAAAAAACAUUUAAUAAGCUUUUAAAUGCCUAAAACUGCUGUAAAAAUUAAAGUCUAUUUUAGAGCAGUUUUAGGUUCACAGCAAAACUAAGAGGAAGGCACAGAAGGUUUCUGUAUACUUCCUACCUGCACAUACGCACAGCCUCCCUGUCAACAUCUUGCACCAAAGUGGUUCUUUGUUAAACCUGAUGAACCUACAUUGACAUAUCGUUAUUACCCUAAGUCCAUAGUUUAGGAUUCAUGCCUGGUGUGGUGCAUUCUGUGAGUUUUGACAAAACCGUGACAUGUUUCCAUCAUUAUAAUAUCAUACAGAGCAGUUUCACUGCCCUAAAAAUCCUCUUGAAAUGCAACUAUUUUUAUAGCCCCCAAAAAAGUAAAUGUAUUAGCUUUUAGAUAAUAAAUAACAGACUUUAUUGUUGUAAAAAAGUUAAAGAUUUUAUUUGAGCAGUUUUUUGUGUUCUAUUAAUGCUUUUAAUUCCUAACUUUAUGUAGUCAUGUAUUUAACUUUUAGUUACUUAAUUUCAGUAUUUUUACAGUGUGUGUAUAAUGUGUAACUUGAGGGAAGGCUUAAACUUCCUGGUUACUUGUGUGUCUUAGACUCCUAGGUAAAUAAAACAAUAAAAAUAAAGUCUUUUCAU